UGAAAAAUUCAACACAUCAACAACAAUUAGAGGCCUCAAAUCUUUUCAUCAUUAUUUGAUAUAUCUGUUCAGUGUAGCAGAAAGAGGAACUUUGAGCUGCUCUGGAAAACCUAUUUCUACUAUCACAGGCAUAAAUCCACCUCAGAAAGUUUAUGCUAACCCUGAAGAUGUGGGAGAGGACAGUAUAAUUCUUCAGUGGGAAUUCCCACAAGAUAGCCACGAGGUCUACAUUCAAAUCAAAUCCAUACCAGAUGCAAAAGAAGUCAUGAAUCUUUUUGUCAAGGAUGACAAUAGGUCCAAGAUUGAUAAUUUAAUCCCUGGGAUGACGUAUGACAUUGGAAUGGCAACGGUGAUGAAUGGGAAUUUGAGUGAGCUGGUAACGAUUCAACAAACUCUAAAGCCCAAACCAGUGCAAAUUGUUAUUCCUUAUGAAAGUUAUAGUACUUCUGUAAUCUUAUUUGUUCAAACACCUGAUGGUGGAGUGUUUGAUGGCAUACAUGUUCUAAUUGAAGGAGGGCCAAAUCUAACCAUGCCUUUGAAACAUGACAACAAAAUAACUGUUGCCAAUUUAACCCCAGGCACAGAAUAUAAUUUCUCUGUUUCUGCCAUCAGUGGGACCAAAUUCAGUAAUGCAUAUCAUGUGCCUGCAGUAAAAACAUGUUUGGAAGCACCAUCGAAUAUCCACGAGGGAAAAGUUACCGACUCUUCCAUAGAAAUUCUCUGGAAUCGAGCUGGUGGGAAUUUCCAGCAUUAUGAAAUCACAUGCAUAAACUCUGCUGCUGCCUUCAUGGUCCAGAAAGUGGUGCAAGAAGCAGCAACAUUCUGGAACCUGGAGCCUGCCACAAUGUACACCUUUUCAGUUCGCACCGAGAAAGAAGGUUUUAAAGACAGUGCUCCUGACAUAAAAGAAAUACAGACAGCCCCAAGUGCAGUUGAAUUUCUGAACCAUAGUAGAAACUCAAGUGCAAUAGCUGUUAGCUGGCCUUCACCUAGAAGUCUUCUGGACGGAUUCAUUAUUUCCAUAUCCAGUGAAAGCUUAAUGAAAGAAGAAAUGCUGCCUUCCACAAAAAGGACAUUCACAUUUGAUAGCCUUUCUCCAGGGACUGACUUUUCAAUUAGUGUUAUAACUACCAAAGGGCCGAAGAGAAGCCAUCCCACUGUCCUCACGGUUAGCACUUAUCCAGACCCACCAUCUGAUUUGCUGAUUUUUGGGCAGGAAGAAAACACAAUAUAUUUGUCUUGGAAACUCCCACAAGGAGGCUUUGAAAAGUUUCAGGUAUCCUAUCAUAUGACCUCUAAAAAGGAAAAGCUAUUUAAAGUAGUUGCUUAUGGCAACAAAGUCAAAGUAAAGAACCUGACUCCAGGUGUGGACUACAUGUUUCAUGUGAAGACGGUACGAGGCAAAGAUUACAGUGUGUCUGUAAUGAAAAAAGUGACCACAAGAUCCCCUCUUAGUGGAGACCACACUACCACUACUAAUGUUGUAGUAAGAAACAACAUUACUUCCAUCAAUGAGUGGAUUGAAAUGCAGUGA